UCUGAUCUUUAAAGAAAAUAACCGUGUCACAUUGCAAACACGAUAACUGCUUGAAGUUUCAUCUGAGCGGAACUCAACAUGAAGAUCAGCUGUAAAGUAAAAUAUCUACCGCAGUUCAGUGUGCCUGUAAAUGGUUAAUAGAAUGUCCGGAAGGCAGUUUGUUAAGUUUGUCUGUCUUCACACAAGCUCCAAUUUCAACGGCGUUGACAAGCAGCCGGUUUGAGCAGAGUUAUAAAAGAUGGCAUAUGUUUCUUUCCCAUCUUUGUCCCGUAUUGCCAUUUGUGGUGGCACCCAUGGUAAUGAGCUGUCAGGAGUCUACUUGGUGAGAGAAAUGCAGAAAGCAGAUGAGGUUGGAUCCAUUUCUGUGACGACCAUGAUAUCAAACCCACGAGCUGUUGACGUUUGCAGACGAUACACUGAAAAGGAUCUCAACCGAUGUUUCACAAAAGCCUUGCUGAGUUCACCUGUAACAGAUUCAACACCUCAUGAGCUGAUACGAGCACAGGAGCUGAACACUCAGCUUGGGCCUAAAGGAAGCCAAGAGGCCUUUGACGUCCUCUGUGACCUCCACAACACCACCGCCAACAUGGGCCUGUGCUUCAUCUUUUACUCCUGCAAUUGGUUAACAGUGCACAUUUAUAAAUACGUAAAGAAUAAGAUCACCUCUGUGCCUGUACGAGCCAUCAAGACAGACUUACAGCUCUGGGAUGGUGUCUCCUUAGAUUCAGUGGGGAAACAUGGUUUUGUGAUAGAGGUCGGACCUCAACCCCACGGAGUCCUCAGAGCCGAUAUCUUCAAUGUAAUGAAAGAAGCAGUGGAUCUGAUGUUGGAGUGGAUUCAGAAAUUCAAUUCUGGAUGUACAUUUGAAGGGGGUGAAGUCGAGGUGUACACCGAGGUGAAGAAUGUUGAUUACCCAAGAGACCCUGUGACCCAGGAAAUCACUGCCGCCAUACACCCUCAGUUACAGGAUAACGACUUCAGCCUCCUGCAACCAGGCGACCCCAUUUUCUUAUCAUUUUUGGGGGAGACGGUGAAGUAUGAGGGGGAAACGCUCCACCCGUACUUUGUGAAUGAAGCUGCCUACUAUGAAAAGAAGAUCGCCUUCUACUUAGCUCGAAAGACUGUUUUGACCAUGCCGUCCAUAAGCAUGAAGAUUGACUGAAGAUGGAGACAGAAUGACAUGAAAAUGGACUAUGGAGAUUUUAAAUCGUAAUUAAAGAACAGCAGUUAGAAGAGUACAUUUAACAUGUUUUAACCAUUUAAGUAUCAAUGAUUCAUAGAUUAAAUGAUGCAGAAAUCAAAUGUUCAGGUUUCUGACCUGAUUACCGUCAGUGAUGGAACCCAACACGUCUAUAAUAUUAAUAAUACAAACAACACCAGCUCUAUUCGACAGACAAAUGUCACAUUUUGUUUAGGUGCUAAUACGUUGUUUGAAUGUGGAUACAGAAUGUUAAUGUAUCUAAAAAUGAAUGGUAAAAGAGGGCUGGUGCAAACCCUGUGCACUGUAAUGGUGUUUUUUGAUUGUGUAUGACUUCAUCACAUAUCAUUAUGAAGCCAUUCAUACCAAUCAAUUACAAAUAUUUUGCUGAUUAAUAUAUGUUUCAGAUCAUCCAGCUAGGCUUCGUGGUUAAGUAGCUCAUUUGGAUGAUACAUCACAGUUUCAGCUAGAAAAGUGGGCAUGGCUAAACCCCAAAGAUCACAUCAAGAAAAAAAACAAAAACAAACAAACAAACAAACAACAACAACAAAAAAAACUCUUAAAAACCCAUCAGAUAUGUUUUGGAGCUACCUACUAGCUACCCAUGUACCAAAUUUCAGCUCAAUAUCUUUAAUAACUGCUGAUCUAGGUGGCUUUUUCUAGUAUGGCGACCGUGGCAGCCAUGUUUGAAAUCAGAUCAGAAUGCCUCAAAUAAACUUUGGUGUCCUCAUGGGUAGGGACAAGCAUACCAAAUUUCAGCUCUAUUGAUUUAGUGGUUUUGGAGAAGAUUGUUUAAAGUGACAACUAGGAAAAGUGGGCGUGGUCAUUAUCCAGGGGUCAUAUCAAGGUCAAACUUGAAAAUGUACCCAAAUCCAUCAGAAAUAUUUUUUUGGCUUGAAGAUAGCUACCCAUAUUGCAAAUUUCAGCUCAAUUACUGCAUAAAUGGUUGACAAAUGGCUACAUAUGACAUUUUCAAGACAGCCACCAUGGUGGCCAUGAUUGAAAUCAGAUCAGAACGCCUCAGACAAACUUUGGUGUCCUCAUGGGUAGGGACAACACACUAAAUUUUAGCUCCAUUGGUUCAGUGAUUUCUGAGAAGAUGAUGUUUAAAAUGACUGGAAAAGUGGGCAUGGUCACAGUCCAGAGGACAUACCAAGGUCAAAAUUGAAACCAGUCACGUAUGUUUUUAGGCUUGCUGAUUGACACCAAUGUAGCACAUUUCAGCUGCAUAAAUGACUAAAUAUGAGAUUUUCCAGAUAUGAAAUCAGUGUCCUCAUGGGCACAAACAUAUGCAAACCAAGUUUCAGGUUCAUUGGUCCAGUGUUUUCAGAGAUGUUUACACACGCUGACGAUAAAGCAAAUGGGCAACUCAUGACAUAAACUCACUGGACCUGGGUGAGCUAAUAAAUAAAGGUGUCUUUUGGGAGCAUGAAUUCCUUGAUCUUGACAAAACUACCCCUAAAUGUAAUCACCUACUAAUAUUCCCACUAAGUUUGAAGUUAAUCCAUCCAGUUCUUUUUAACUUGCUUGCACACACACACCAAUGAAAACAAUACCUUGCUUCACCAAAAUGCAGGGUAAUAAUAAAAUAGUUGCUAAUACAAUUAGAUGGUAUCAAAAGGUUGAGAUUCUCUCAUUUUCAUGGAAACAACAAAUACAGCAUUCUGCAAAAGUCAACUUGUUUAAUACAGAAAAAGAGUACAUUGUGCUUUGGGACACACACACACACACACACACACACACACACACACACACACACACACACACACACACACACACACACACACACACACACACACACACACACACACACACACACACACA